CCCUCGGUAGUCGUAAUGGUUGUCCUAUAUGCAGUAUUUUUCACGUCUGUAAAGACACAACACACAAGCAGCAGUAACUUUUAUCUAUAUUGACCAGAUUAUUUUUUCAAUAGGGUUAGGGAAAAAAACCCAGAAAUUUAUGAUUAACAGAAUGGAUCAAUUAUGGCACACAAAAAAGCAGAAAAUAUGGCAGAAUUGAGAACUUUAAACUAUGCCUGAGGAGCCAGAUGCUCUGGUAAAAACUGUUGCAGCCAACAACACGAGACAGAUGUUUGUCCCAGAGGACUACGUCAGCACAGGGGCUGAAUCCAAACCAGUAGGAGUGUUGUACUUCCUGUGUCUAAGCAGGAGGUGCGACCCCAGCCCGGUCUGGCCAAGCCAAGAGGAGUCUGGGACCUCCUUCGGUCGGGGAGCGCAUCGCUGCGUCGCAUCGCUGCGUCGCAGGGUUGGUGGCUGGCGACCGCUGCUCGAGCGGCCUGAUGAGUACGAGCAAAAACGGGGAUCGCAGCGCGACCCGGGCGGCGACUCCAGCCCCAUGCCGGGGGGCACGCGGCGGCACGCGCAGCGCUGCCGGCGUCUGCGGGGCGCUAAGGCGGGGCGCGGCGGGCGGCACAGCGGGAACGAACGCUCCUACGGGAGCGACGGCUUCUACCGUGCCAGCCUGCGAAAUACACAACGUACCGCGCCGGGGAAACCAUCAUCCGUGCCAGCAGUUCAUCAGGGACUUCUCUUGCGUGGCCCUGCGACUGCGGGCGUUUAAACUGAAAGGAGUGGCCCGCGUACAUCUGAGAUACGAAUUUUUUUAAAAAAAUCAGUCCCAGCUGAUAAACGAUCGCCCCGUUUGUUCUCCUUCCCGAUGGAAUGGCUUGACUAGAAAUAGAAGUCGUCGUGCAGGUAGCAAGAUCAAGCUGGGGAGAAAACAGGUUCUUGACUCGUACUAACACGCCUUCCAUUGAUGAGCCCGGCUUGACCUACAGAGCUCAAACAGCCACCACAGUGAGUUACAGCAUAACCAGAUAAUUCAGUGGGUCUGAUUCCAUCCUUUAUUGAGCACAGAAGUUGUCCAAGGUGUACACGCAGAUUAUAUAGCAAUUAUCUGCUUGGAUUCCAGUUUCCCCCAUUUAUCAAUGUCACAAACAGUUUUAAAGUAACCAUACCUGAGCAGGAUUACAGAAGUACAGUGAACAGAAUUUUCUAUCAAGUUAUACUUGACAGAAGAAUUUUAAAAAGUUACAAAGAACAAACAGUUCAAGGAUCUCACGAUACUUCGUUACUAAAACCAAUAAAGGGUAAAAAAGAUGAUUAGAAAAAUUGCUACCCAGUAAAUAUUAAAACCAUCUGUUCAGUCUGGUGAGCAUUCAAGCACUCCCAGCAGCUCAAAUAGUAAAGUCCCAAACACGCCACUGAUAAAUCGGCUGAAGGAGAAAAGCACUUCGUAACUUUCAUAAUUAAUUGGUUUGAAUCCGUCAAUGAUAUUUCACCAUACAUCAGGAAAUGGAUUUUAGCAACUUACUGUUCCAUAGCUGAUCCUGUUUAGCUCCUUUGCAUCACCUUCAAGAUGUACACACAGAGAGAUUAGGCCUUCUAAUAUCUGGAUGUUCCUUUGACAAUUUGUGAAUAAUUUUCAAGCUAUUCUUUGCGCUCACUACUUCUGUACUCUUCUCAAGGCACAAUUAAUAAAAGGAGAUGCAGAAGCUAUAUUUAGAGAGCUUAAAACUUAUGAUUACAAUCUGUAAUUCAUUUGACAUUGAUAUCAACAAAGCUUAAAACUGAUUAAAAUGCAAUUCUGAAAACUGCAAGCCAGAUUUUAACCUCAUUGGGAAAGAAAGAAGCAGCUCUCUUGAUGACCUCACGUUUAGAUCACUCUGAGUGUAUACACGUGUGCGUUCACUUUAGAAAUGGAACUAUCUUUGUCAAAGACAGCUCUAAAGAAGUCUCACUUUCAUUGUAGUUGAUUUGCAUUAAACAUGUAAAAUGCAGUUGAGGCUACAGAAAACAUUGCCAUAAUUGUUUUUUAUAUAUAUUUGCACACACAGUUUUAGUUACACAUUUGUGCCAGUUUCAGCUACUCAAGUCUGCACAGUGCCCUGCCCACAUUCGUAUGAAGACACCCUGAAAGGUAAAUGUCCACAAGACGUUUUAUUCUUUUUAUUUUUAUGAACAAGAUUAACCCAUGGACCUCUAGCAAUUAGCUCCAAAAAAUACACUGACGCACAAAGCGGUCUUUGCCAGUUGUGUCAUUAUGUGCUCAUACCCUGACAAAACUGUGUGUCAAAAUGAGAAAAGCCAGCAAGUAAACUGCCGAUUUGGACUGUAGUCUUACCCUGAAGGAGAAUCUAAUGAGCAGACCACGUAACAGUGGUAGUGAAUCAAUGGCAACUAGUUCAGCAAUAGACAACCAGGAAGCAAUAAUGACACCACCAUCACCAGUUCUAAAACAUGUUAAAAUUUAGCUCAUAAUAGUAUGGAGACUUUUAAGAAGAGGUUUGAAGAAGAGGCAUACGCAUGAGUCACAAACAGUAUCUGUGCCAGCCCUGGGAAGAGAGCACAUGUUAAGAAGGGUUAUCAGUUUAUUUCUUGUGAGGUCCUGAGGCUUGAACUGUAUAGUUCAAUUUGUUUGAUCUUUAAAAAGGUCAUACCCAUAAAACAUGAACAUUUUCAGCCAUAUUCUGCAACACCACCACAUGUUGGAUUCUUUGCAUUAGGACUACAGAAAACAACGAAAGCAUUUCUUCUGGAAAAAAUGACAUGAACUUUGCAAAUUAAGUAAAGUCCAUCCUCGACUGGAUGUUUUUCAACCUCCCAAUAAAGUGCAAGUCAAUUGCUUGUUUUGAUUUAAUCAGCAAGUUUUGCCUUUAUUCAGGAUCAAGCUUAAAGAGUAAAUGAAUAUUUUUUUUAAGAAGUCAUAUAUAUGUGCACAUAUAUGCAUAUAUAUAUGUAUAUAUGUGUGUGUAUGCACGUGUGUGUAAAAAAUCAAAACCAUGCCCAAACCAAGAUGUUACAAUGUCUUUUUACUUGUAUUCUUUUAGACGGUACUUAAUCAAGAUUGUAACAACUUAUUCUUAAAUAAAGGUGGGAGAUAAGACAGGAAAUAAAGAUAACACCACUUCUUUUUCAAAUGUCACAUUUAAUGUUUUCACCACUGUACUUCAAAUCUACAUUUUACAAAGUGACCAGCAAGUGUGCCACAUUAACUGACCAACCUCUGAGAUUUUACCUUUCAUACCAGUGUCUUCUUGGGCUCUUUUAAUUAAACACGUUUCUCAUUCAAGUGAAUUGAAAUGCUUCAGUUGGUUUUAUUCUCAGGAGCCUCAUAAAAAACAAAGAUAUUGCACCAUCUUUGUUCAGUUAUUCAAUGUUUGUCUCUUUCACAGCAAAUAAUUACUUCAUUGAAGUUAAAACUUCCAAACAUAACUUACUAAUAGUCUCCAAUUUCAGCUCAGAUCACUCUUGUUGAAAAUACUCUGCUAAAUACAGAUAACUUACAAUAACUUUAACAGUUAAUUGUCCAUAACAAACACCACGGUUUUUCUCCAGACCAAUGCUCAAAUUUUAAGACCACCCUUUAGUAUUUCUUUGUACAGGUGAAAAACAGUCUUCAAUUUUCUAGUCUUGUUUUAAAUAUAAAAGUUGGAAGGGACAUUCAAGUUUCAAGUCUCCACACUGAACUUAAAAAAAAAAAAAAAAAAAAUCAUGUGGAGG